AAUAAAUAAAUUCUCCUAUUUCUUGGUUCUUGGUCGCAAUUGCAAAGUUUGCAACUUUCCAAUUCUUCCGCCGGUUUCCGCGUCCACUUGGCUAAUCCCCACUCCCUUUGCGACAGUCUUCCGUUGGCCUCCACCGAGGAUUCCCCGUCGCGUCGUGCCCACUUCUCCCUUACAUGGAUUUUCAGUCUCACCUAAUCUAUGACGUUCUCAAUGCAUGUGGAUCAGCAUCCAUUGACUGAUUCGAGGACCUCGGAGCCUCCCCUGAACGAAAAACUUGUCCUCUCCCAAUAUCCUCCGGUGUAUGCUUUCUGGGUAGUGGAGCAUCUCCCAAGCUGACUUCCGAGUUUCUUGAUUUUCCCCUCAAUCAUUGAGGUGGACAGAUGAAUUCCUUCAUUUUGUUGUCCUCUUGUGGUUCUGUGAGGUCCUGACAAUGGCUUGAUUCAGCUGCUUUUAGCCUCUGGGCAUUUCUGAGCAGAAAAAGGGGCAGCUUUGAGCACUUCACUAUGCCAUUGUUUGAGCUGUUUAGGGCUGCUAGAGGGAAGCUUAGUGCAGCCCAUGAGAAACCCACCUCAGUUUCAGCAGAUCCAUCAUUUCCACCUGAGAAUGACCAUGUUGAGUUAGUAUGGGAGAGUGGUCAGGUUGUGAUGCAGGGGCAAACCAGCAGGGCUAAAAGGAAUCCUUCUGCUAAUAAUUCUCACAGCGUACCGCCUUACAGCAUACCUUCUCACAGCCCUAAAAGGGACAGAGAUUUGAGCAGUUGCCCCCAACCAAGUUCUUCGGUGAAGUUCCGGAUACCAGACUCAGGUUUGAAUGAACUCCCUAUGUCGGUGCCCUUGGGGGAAAUGUGCUUGAGCAGCGAUGAUGAUAUUGUGCCUUGGUUUGAUUAUCCGAUGGAUGAGUCUCUGGGAAAUGAUUACUGCUCUGGUUUCCUGCCCGAGAUAUCGAGUGUAACUGCAAAUGAGCCUUCUCAGAACAAUUUUGACACUAUGAAAAGAGGUAGUUGUAGUAAUCAGGCUUACAGGGACUCUGAUAUCAAAUCCGUACAUGAUGGUUUGAGUCUAGACCACAGGACAUCAAAGAUUUCUUCGCUGGCGAAUGAGCCUUCUCACAACAAUUUCGAUGCAAUGAAAAGAGGUAGUUGUAGUAAUCAGCCUCAGAAGGACUCUAAUAUCAACUCGAUGCAAGAUGGUUUGAGUCUAGACCACAGGAAUUCAUCAAAGACUUCUUCUCUGGCUGUGACGAGCGAACCCAUAAGACCUGGGCCUAGCCAUGCUCCUGCCCAACAAACUCAAUUCCCGUCUCGUAGAAUGAGACAGGUCUCUGAAAACACUGGAACCAGUACAAAUAACUACCGUGUUAUUGGUGAUUCGAGUCGGCUGACAAACUCUGCCCUUGGGGUUCCCAGCAAAAGGUCAGGGAAGCAGAAUCCAGGGCCCUCGAGUAGUCGCACUGAGUUUGUAAAUUUCUCCCAUUUCUCGAGACCUGCUGCUCUUUAUAAGUCCAUUGUCGAGAAUAAAUGCCUAACUGUUGAUUCUGGUCCUUCGAGUUUGGACAGUGCGGGUAAGCACAAUGAUUCUUCUCCUGGUGGGAAAACUGUGAAAGCCAAUUGUGGUCCAAUGAGGGAAAUGAGAUGUCAUGGCCAGUUUUUAGUGGAGAAGCAAGUACCUGACUCAAGAUCUUUGGAAGCUAAGCCAUCUGAGAAACCUCCUUUGAAGGAACCUGAGGGAAUCAGACAGAAGUAUGCUGCCAAAGAUGAUAAACAGAGCAAUGAAAGUCCUGGCCCAAGUACAAGUAAAGAGCCUCGGGAUGCUGCAGAGCCCGUGGUUGCAUCCUCUGUCUGCUCAGGCAAUGGUGUCGAUAGUGUUUCAGAUGAUCCCCCCAGUAAUUUAAAAAGAAAAGGUUGCAGCAACUAUGACUCUGAAGCACCUAGCGAAGACGUUGAAGAAGAUUCAGUGGGUGUCAGGAAAUCAACUCCUGCUCGCGGCAGUGGUUCUAAGAGAAGCCGGGCUGCAGAAGUGCAUAAUUUAUCAGAAAGGAGGCGAAGGGACAGGAUCAAUGAGAAGAUGCGUGCAUUGCAAGAACUCAUUCCAAACUGUAACAAGGUGGACAAAGCAUCAAUGCUUGAUGAGGCUAUUGAGUAUUUAAAGACGCUUCAACUCCAAGUUCAGAUAAUGUCAAUGGGAGCAGGCUUAUAUGUGCCACCAAUGAUGUUACCAGCACAUAUGGCCCAAUUUUCACCAAUGGGUGUAGGAAUGGCCGCAGGAUUGGGCUUCAGGAUGGGUAUGGUCAAACCCCAUGGCGGACCACCCACUUGCCCAAUGUUCCGGGUACCCCCCAUGCAAGGAGCCCAUUUUCCUAGCCCUAUCAUGUCCGGGCAUCCAGCUUUGCAUGGAAUGGUGGGGCCCAACUUUCCUGUCAUGGGACUUCCAGGACAAGGGAUCCCUGUAUCGAUGCCACAGCAACCACCCUCGGUUCCUUUCCCGGGUGGUCCCCCUUUGAGACCAUAUGCAGGAUUAAAUGCCAGUGGUAUGACAGGUCAUAUGGAGUAUCCUGAUGCAGCUUUUGCCUCUAGUUCGAAGGGACCAGCCGAAACUAUCAAUGGUGCCAGUUCCUCAAUGAAUCAGAACUUGAGUGAGUACCAAUCGAAACAUAGUGGUUGUGAACAGCCUGAAAAUGGCGCUGUCGCCUCGACUACCACUGCCAGAGAUGAUAACGGACCAAGUACAGCUGCUAAUGAAGAGAAACCGGUCUGACAGAAUUGAUCACAGGUGCUGAAGCUUCUGCUUUUGCCCGAAAUCUCGGGAUGUCCAUUUUGACUAGGCAAAGUUACUUAGAAUGGCAGGCUGGAUAUGUUUUUUCGGUGAUAACCAACAGUAACUGGAUAUCCAGAUUGUAGGGUUACGCAGUUGCACUGGAAAUUAUGGAACCAAGAGGAUAUCGAGGAUCUUACUCUUGACUUGUAUAUUAACAUAGAUAGCUUUUCCUUUCUGGGUUACUCAUAACUUGAACUGUGUAAUGUUCAAUGUGUAAUUGACAGCAAUUCUUUUUAUUGAUGAUAAUAUAAUUCUUUCAAUACA